AUGACUCGAGUAUGUAUUUUUGCUCGUGGUUGCCAAAAAUAUGGAUCGGAAAUUGUACAAUAUGAAGUAUCAAUAGUACGUUGUAAAGACAAGUUUUGUAAAAUAAGAUAUUCUAUUUUUAAACAUACUGUUUUCUUGGAUCAGUGUGGUUAUUUUUUCCAGGGGGAAAAAACCGCAGUAUAA